CCCCCCCCUUCCGCUCCCAGCCUGCCCCGCGCGGGCAGCAUGGCGGCCGCCCGGGCCCUGCGCUGGGCUGCCCGGGCCGCGGCGGGGCCGCUCCGGAUGAGGCCGGGGUGUUUUCUGGAGCGCUGCGUCCCGCGGGCCGCCCUGCUCCCCGCCCGCGGGGGAGGGAGCAGCUCAGCCCUGGGCAGCAUCCUGGGCAUCCCUGCUGAGCAGCCGAGCCAGGCCCUGGGCCAGCACCCCCCGCCCGUGGCCACCAACAGAGAGGAACAAGACCGUCUGCUACAGGAUCAGCCUGACCAGCCCCAGAACCCAAAGGUUUUAAGAAUUGCCAUAAUCGGGGCACCCAACGCUGGGAAAUCCACCCUCUCUAAUCAGCUUUUGGGCAGAAAGGUGUUCCCUGUCUCUAGGAAGGUUCACACAACCCGGUGCAAGGCCCGGGGGGUCGUCACCUAUGAGGACACACAGCUGAUCAUUCUGGACACACCUGGCCUCACUAGUCCCUUGAAAGCCAAAAGACACAACCUGGAGGAGGCCAUGCUGACAGACCCGUGGGAGAGCAUGAAACAGGCAGAUUUAGUUCUGGUGUUGGUGGAUGUGUCGGAUCACUGGACACGGAACUCUCUGAGCAAGGAGGUGCUGAAGGUUCUUUCUGAGUUUCCCCAGAUCCCCAGUGUCCUGGUUCUGAACAAGGUGGAUCGGCUAAAGAAGAAAUACAUCCUGCUGGAACUAGUGACUGAGCUGACAGAGGGGAUUGUAGGUGGCAAGAAGCUGGAAGCAAGAUCUGCAUUUAAACACAAUUCCAGUUCUCCAGCAAAGGCUCCUCCUCAAACUCCUGAGGCUUUUCCACCUGGGAGCAGGACCCCUGAGUCUGGCUGCCUGCAGAGAGAGGAGCAAGAAGCCUCCAGCUUGGACAACAGCAGUGACAUGAGGGCUUCUGAGUCUGGCCUUCUCACAGAAGAAGCACAAGGGUCAAAGCAUUAUGGACCCAGAGAUCUAAAAAAUAUGAGAGGCUGGCCUGGCUUCCAGGAGAUCUUCAUGCUGGCAGCUCUCCAUGGGGAGGAGGUGGAUACACUGAAGCAGUACCUCCUGAUGCAAGCCAAGCCAGGCCCGUGGGAGUUUCACAGCGGGGUCUUGACCAGCCAGUCACCUCAAGAAAUCUGUGAUAAUAUCAUCAGGGAGAAGAUCCUGGAGUACCUGCCUCUGGAAGUGCCCUAUGGCGUGACCCAGGUGACAGAGAUGUGGGAGGAAGGCCCAAGUGGGGAGCUCCUCAUCGUGCAGAACCUCUUGGUCCCAAGGAAGUCACACAUGAUGAUGUUGAUUGGAAGAGGAGGGAAGGUUGUCAGCAGGAUUGCUCAGGAGGCUGGCCAGGACCUGAUGAACGUGUUCCUGUGCGAUGUCCGCCUGAAGCUCAAGGUGGAGAUGAAGAGUUGAGCUCUUUGUGUGUGUUUUAAUGGCCCUUGAGCUCUUGGAGAGACCAGUCUGGUGGUUCCCUGUGGGUUUCUUGGCACCUUUGUUCAAUCCUGAAGCAGAGGAUGAUGGAAUCUGUAUAAUGGGCUGAAGUAGAACAUGUAUGUCAGUUUGGGCCGUUCCACCAAAUAAUAUAAAUCUUCAGUCCUUCUACAUCUUGUGGAAGCUGGGGAUGGACAUUGGAGAGCCAGCUGCACCUGAAGGUGCCUGAAUCCACCAGUAUUACUGUGAAGUCCAUGCUCUUUGCUGCAGGGUCACAGCUGAAGGAAAGCCCCAGGUGGGAAGAGCAGCAAAUCCACAGAGCAUGGUGGAACCAGGCCCUGUGGGUGUGUGCCUGGGUCCCUGGUGGUCCACACGUGGACCUGGUGUUUGGGGCCUUGAGUUUCAUCUCUACACCACUGUGCUCAGGUGUGUGGGGCAUGGGGUGGCUUCCUGCCAGAAGUCACGUAAAUCCCCAUGUGCUGCUAUCAAUUAAUUUCCCUGAGUGAGGAGACCUCCAGCAGGUGCCCCAGAAGUUGAGUGAGGAGAUCUGGUGGGGUCUGCUGGGGACCCUGCCCCUGCCUGGAGCCCAGACCUGUGGAGCAAAUCCUCUGCCCACCAUCCUUCUCUGGUGCCAGGUCAAGAAGAUGCUUUACCAGCACUGGGAAAAGCUUGUGCCUGAGCUGCUGAAGGAAAUGGCCAUUGGGAAUGGAAGAGCACCUGAAAGCCAGGUUGGGAUGCCUUCAGAACUUGGCCUGCUGUGUUCCCUUGAGCAGGGGACACUCUGGUCCCUCAGCUGCUUCUGUCCAGCUUUUGUACUUUCUUUGCAAUAAAAUGAGGUCCCAGCAAAA